AUGAAGGUUGCCGGCUCCAGUACCGCUCCUUUUGGAGACGCCUCCUCCACUAUUCGUCCCAAGAUUCAUGCAAAAACUUUCAUUGUCCUGGCGUCGGUGUGCUUUGUUUACGCAGGUCAAACAAUUGGAAUCAUCGCUUCUGGCAUCCUUACCCAGCCCUUGGGAAUAUUGUUCAACAGCCCCGCUGAAGGUGUAUGGUUCGCGACUGUAAUCAACAUCUUCCUGGCUAUUGGCUCCCCUCCUGCCUGUCAAAUUGCCGACUAUUGGGGUAGGAAAUGGAUUCUUACCAUUGUGACUGCUUUUGGGUUCGUGGGAACCGUGGUCAUUUCUCGUGCACAAUCCAUGGGCGCUGCAAUCGCAGGCUUUACCAUCAUGGGCAUCGCUUCUGCAGGAGCGCCGUUGAUCGUGGCCAUCGGGUCAGAAGUCGUUCCGAGAAAACAUCGGCCUUACGCUCAAGCACUGGUUUAUGCAUCCGGGACCUUCGCCGCCGUUGCUGGUCUCCUUAUGGCGGGUGCUCUUCUGAGACACAACCAUUACGAAAACUUCCGUACUUUCAGCUACGUCCACGCCGGUAUUUUUGCUGCUGCUACCGUUGGAUUUGCUCUUGUCUAUGACCCCCCCCGAAGAGAGCUUCAGACGACGUUAACAGCCAGGGAAAAGCUUGGAAAACUUGACUGGACUGGUUAUCUUCUUUUCACUCCAGGUUUGGUGUUAUUCUGCGUCGCACUUUCGUUUUACAAGAACCCUUAUCCCUGGGGAUCAGUGCGGGUUUACGUUACUUUCACCUGUGGCGUUGUUCUGACGAUCGCUUUUGGCAUUUAUGAGUGGUAUUUCAAGAAGGACGGCAUUCUGAAUCAUCGCCUGUUCCAGAACCGUAAUUUCCCUCUCAGCAUUGUCCUCAUGUUCGUGGAAGGGGCAUUCUUCUUCACCGUCAACGGCUACCUUGUCUUCCAAAUUGCCACCUUUACAGGACAGGGUUUCUUUACGUGCACCUUGCAUUAUGUGGUCGCCUUCGGUGGUGCUACCGCUGCACUACCUUUGGUUGGUUGGGUGGGCUCUAGGUUUCGAACCGUACGGAUCCCAAUUAUCAUUGGCAUGGUGAUUGCUCUGGUCGGUCUCAUUUGCAUGGCCACCGCCGACUCGAGCACACCCCGCCCAGAUUAUUGGAUUUUCUCUCUCAUCCUAGGUAUCAGCGCUGCCUGGAUGCUCCCUUCAAUUAUGGUUGCCGCCCAGAUGAGUACGCCCCCAGACUUAAUUUCAGAGACCUCGGGACUACUUAAUGCUGCCAGAGCCGUGGGCUCCACCGUCGGCUUAGCUAUCAAUAAUGCAAUUUUCAACAGCGCAUUAUUUGACAACGCUCCGACAAAGGUUGCUGCGGCAGCUCUGCCUCUCGGAUUGCCCGAGACGUCCCUUCCCGCACUCAUUUCAGGACUCAUCGCACGAGAUCAGAAUGCGUUAAUGCAGAUUCCUAGCAUAACACUGGAUAUAAUCAAUGCAGCUUCCAUGGGAUUGUUGAAAGCCUACAACAUUGCUUUCAGGGAUGCGUGGAUUUUGUCAUGCACUCUCUGCUUCUUAGCCGUUAUCGUCAGUUGUUUCCUUUUCGAACCGGAGAAUGAGUUCACUUCGCAUAUCGAUGCACCGGUCGAGAAGGAUGUUUUGGAGUCGCAGGCUACGUUUGAGCAUAUCUCAAACGCUGAAAAACCCCAUAUCGCUACGACUCAUUUUGAAUGA